AUGAGUUUUAGGGAGGCUGUUACCUGCAGAAAGUCGUCCACAGAUGAAGAAAUGGAGGCAGGUGCGUGUGCGGACCAAUUAGUAGCGUUUAUGGAGUGCGCCAUGCGAACGCAGUGUUUCAAAGCAGUAUCCAAAGAUGAUCAGGACAAAGGAGACAAAGGAUGA